AUGACGUCGAUUGUCAAUGGAUCCUCAACUAUUCCCUUGAUUGCAGGCUCCGAGGAGCUUUUGAAAGACGCUUUGAAUUUCUACAUCAAUGUCCUUGGGCUAGUUGAGCAUUCCCGAGAUGGCAACACCGUGUACUUGUGCAACGAUGGAGUUGAAACGGUGAUCGAAUUGACGUUGGAUAAAGCCAGGGGCUUCAGCAAGCACGACAUUGGCAAAAGAAAAGAAGAGAUCUUGUCGAAAUUGGGUAUUGUCGACUGGAGGUCACUUGAUAGUUCCUACGUCUUGAAAGCCGACAACUUGGUUGAUACAAUUGACAAUUUGAAGUUUUACGGCUACACUUUGCAAAUCACCCCAAAUGAAUUGUACCCCAAUGAGGCCUACUGUGUUGACCCCUUGGGGUAUAUAAUUGGAUUCACCGCGUGCGACGAACCGUUAACUUUAGCUCCACCAGUUCAAAAAGCCAAUGCCACUUUCGGUUCAAGCAAAAUGGACUCGACUUUGAUGUCAACCACAGCAACGUUAUCCAACAAGAAUUAUGUCGACUCGGAGUCUCUUGCUGAAAAAUUGAGACCUAGAAGAAACAUUGCAGUGAUGACCUCGGGAGGCGAUGCGCCAGGAAUGAAUGCCGCAGUAAGGGCAGUCGUGAGAGCUGCAAUCUUUAGAGGAUGCAAGGCGUUUGCCAUCAGAGAAGGCUACGAAGGGUUGGUUCGAGGCGGAGAAAAAUACAUCACGGAAAUGAAAUGGCAAGAUGUUCGAGGGUUCUUGAGCGAAGGUGGCACGAAUAUCGGAACGGCAAGAUGCAUGGAAUUCAAGGAAAGGAGCGGAAGAUUGAAAGGGUGCCUCAACAUGGUCAAAGCUGGCAUCGACGGAUUGAUUGUAUGUGGUGGUGACGGGUCAUUGACUGGUGCAGACUUGUUCAGAAAAGAAUGGCCUUUGUUGAUUGCAGAAUUGAAAGAACAAAAGCAGAUUAGCCACGAGCAGUACGAACGACACAAGAACCUCUACAUUUGCGGUAUGGUUGGAUCCAUCGACAACGAUAUGGCAACCACAGACUCCACCAUUGGAUGCUAUUCCGCAUUGGAUAGAAUCUGCCGUGCCGUCGACUACAUUGACGCUACCGCCAACUCCCAUAGCCGUGCGUUUGUUGUUGAAGUAAUGGGCAGGCAUUGUGGAUGGUUGGCGUUAAUGGCUGGUAUUGCCACUAGUGCCGAUUACAUCUUGAUCCCUGAAAAACCCGCUUCUUCCCAGGAUUGGCAGGACCAAAUGACAAAGAUUGUGAAAAACCACAGAAGCAAGGGCAAGAGAAAGACUAUCGUUAUUGUUGCCGAAGGCGCAAUCACAAUUGACUUGAAGCCCAUUAGUGCUGAGGAUGUCAAGAAUGUGUUGGUGGAAAGACUCGGGUGCGACACCAGAAUAACGACGUUGGGCCAUGUGCAAAGAGGCGGAACGGCAGUUGCCUUUGACAGGACCAUCGCCACCUUGCAAGGAGUCGAAGCAGUCAAGGCCGUCUUGGAAUUGACCCCAGAUACUCCAUCGCCUUUAAUUGCCAUUGACGAAAACAAGAUUCGCCGCAAGCCAUUGGUGGAGGCCGUCGAGAUCACCAAAUCCGUUGCUGCUGCCAUUGGUGAAAAGGAUUUCGAAAAAGCCAUGUCCUUGAGAGACUCCGAGUUCAAAGAGCACAUGCGCAAUUUCAUCGCCAUGAAUAGUGCUUGCCACGAUGAGCCAACUUUGCCCGUUGAAAAGAGGAAAAAAAUUGCGAUAAUCAACAUUGGAGCUCCCGCGGGUGGCAUGAACUCCGCCACCUACGCUAUGGCUACCUAUUGCAUGUCUCGAGGCCACACCCCUUAUGCCAUCCAUAACGGGUUUGCCGGUUUGGCAAGACACGAGUCUGUGAAAUCGAUCAACUGGAUCGACAUUGAAGGAUGGAACAGUGUUGGUGGUUCCGAUAUUGGUACAAACAGACAGCUCCCGUCCGACUCCGAUAUUGGAAUGAUUGCCCUUUAUUUCGAAAAAUACCAAUUUGACGGAUUGGUGAUUGUGGGCGGAUUCGAGGCCUUUAUCUCUUUGGACCAAUUGGAAAAGGCCAGACUGAUGUACCCUGCAUUUAGAAUCCCCAUGGUGUUGAUUCCUGCAACGAUUUCAAACAAUGUGCCAGGAACCGAAUAUUCGUUGGGUGCCGACACAUGUCUCAACUCCUUGAUGGACUAUUGCGACAUCAUUAAGCAAUCUGCAUCGGCCACGAGAGGUCGAGCUUUUGUUAUCGAAGUGCAAGGUGGCAAUUCCGGUUACAUUGCAACUUUUGCAGGAAUGAUUGCCGGUGCACAAGUCUCGUAUGUACCCGAAGAGGGAAUCCAUUUGGAGCAAUUGGAGAUGGACAUUAGCUCGCUCCGGGAAGGGUUUGCCGUGGAAAAGAGCUUGACCAAGACCGGUAAGUUGAUCAUCAAAUCCUCCAAUGCCUCAGCCGUCUUGACACCGGAUGUCCUUGCCGACAUCAUCAACACCGAGAGCAAAGGCGAGUUUGACACCAAGACCGCCAUCCCGGGUCAUGUCCAGCAAGGUGGCUUGCCUUCACCCAUUGAUAGAACCAGAGCCGAUAGAUUUGCUAUUCGGGCGGUGCAAUUUAUCGAGGAGCAUGCCGACUUGAUGGAGCCGGCAAGGUACGAGCUUGAUUUCCCGCUGGACGAGCCCAAAUACAGCAAUACCGCUAGUGUGCUUUGCGUGAGAUCGUCGCAUUUGAAGUUCACUUCGAUUAGAAGGUUGUAUGAUUUCGAGACUGAGUUGACAAAGAGAAUGCCAAAGAAGGUAUUUUGGAACGAGAUCAGAACUACUGCUGAUGACUUAGUGGGGAGAACAAGGCUCCAGACACUGGAUAAGCUGUACUAA